AGUCAGCCGACAAGGAAGAAAGCCUCCUCGCACGCUGAGGGACUGGCCACUUCACGUAUCUACAUACUAUCCUCUUCAAGUCCAUCCGACUGAAGAGGGUGAGUGGCAUCAUAGCUUUUUCUCACUACGAGUGAUCGCCAUUUCUAUUUCAUUGUAUAUCGCUGCCGACGCGAAUGCGCGGCCUCCAAGUCCGCGCGAGCGGAGAACUGUCGCAAUCUGCCAUUUUCAGAAGCCAAAAUGACCCCAGCUCUUACAGAAACAGCAACACAGGGGCAUGAGGUUCAUUUCUCUCCUUCCCUGUCUUUACUCGGUUUGAACUGUGAGACUGGUUUUUGCACUGAGAAUUCCAAGCCAAUGGAGCAGGGCAGCCUUUCAAAAGCCAACGGCUCCAGUGUGAUAUAUGCAGACACAGAGCAAUGCCUGCAGACAGAACUUAUGAGCCUAAAGCAUGUUGGCUCCCAGUCCUCUGCACAUUAUCAAACAGUCUUUUUUCUUACUUCCAGUGCUGCUUUGAAUCUACAAAGUAAAAGCAACCCAGUGUGGAAAAUGGAGGAGCAGGAUGUGUGCAGGCAGAGGUUUCACAUAAAGAAAGACGCACACCCCCUACUUUCUGGUGUGAGUUUUCAGCCUGAAAGAAAAGUAAAAAGAGAACUUUUUCCAGGGACUGUGAGCCAGCUUUUAGCAGAUGUACACAAACUCUGGGAUAUGACACUAACAGAAGCUCAAGAGGUAGAUGGAAUUCACAUUCCUAAACAUAUAUUUAAUGGUGCAAAAGCUGGAGAAAUUAUUUCUGUUGCUUGUAAUAAUGACCAUGCAGAUGUGCCCAAUAACAUAACUACUAAAGAAAGUGAAGCCAAUUCUGUACUUCUGAGAUGCUUAAACCAGCAGCAAGCACUUUUGAAUCGGGCAAAGAGAAACCAGAUGCGGUUGCAAGCUCUUUUAGCAAAGCAUUCUGUAGAACACUGCAGUCAACAGAUAAAAUGUUUUGUAAAUCAUCAGUUUCGAAAGAUGAAAGAGCAAAACAAGCUAAAAAGACUUGAUGAGAGUCACCACAAAAAAUGUACUCCGACUAAUUUAAAGAGCAUCUCACCUAGACAACCUGAUGACUUGUGUGCCAGCAUAAAUAGUAAAAACUGCUACACUCCAGCAGCCAUUAGAAAGUUUACAGUAUCCUCAAGAGGGAUUCUAGGUCAUAUUGAACAGGAGUUGGAUUCUGAUGCCACAGGAAGUAGCUCUGAUGAGGAAUGGGAUGAAAAGUCUAGAUCUCUUGCUAAAGGAUAUGCUGAGUUGAACUGGCUUUCACACAGAGCAAGAGUUGGGAGUCGAUGGGUUUGGCUUGAAGCUCAGAUUUCAGAUUUGGAAUACAAAAUCCAACAGCUUACCGAUCUUCACAGUAAGAUACGAAGCACAAAGGGAACAGUGAUGUUUGAGGAACCCUCUAAAGGCAUUUUUGGGCAGGAGUCACAUCUGCUAGAUCCAAGCACUUUAUUGAGCCCUGCAGGGAGGCUUCUGAGACCCCCAGAAGGAACAAAUCUGUCACCAGCAAAGGAAUUAGAAAUGUCGCCAAGCAGUCCAACUUUGCUCUUAAGAAACAUAGAAAAACAGAGUGCACGGCUGACCGAGAUGGUCAGUAGUCUGAUAGUCCCUGUUAACAACUCUCCUAACUAUUCUUUCAAGCCCUGUGGCCAGAAAAGGGUGGCUAGCAGCUUCCCUGACAGUACCACAAGAUUACAAAAGGAAAAAUCACACCCUUUAAAUGGAUUCUGGGAUCAGCAGCAGAUAAAAAGAAGAAAGAAGGUCCGUAUCAAAUCCACAUCAGUUUCCAUGGCCAAUACAUGCACCUCGGCCCGCACAAAAGCAGUUCAGACAUUCUAUAAACGGAAACUGUACAGACUGUAUCCAGAUUGCCCUCCUGGACACUUGGCUCUGUUCUCAUAUGAUGAGUCACCUCAUAAGACAAAUCACAACUCUUCUAGGACCAGUAAUGACAAGUUGCAGAGACCCUGCCUAAUGAGCAACAAAAUCUGCCACAUAGACCAUUACUUUCAUCCUGUAUUGUCCUUGCCGUCUGGUCUCCCGCUUCAUAUUCACCUUGACGCAUUGCUGAAGAACAGAGAUGCUGUAGACUGUCCUACACUUAAAGGGGAAGUAGGCAAGUCUCCCACAAAAGUACCCGUGCACUGUAGCAAAAGUAUGCCACCCAGUAGCACACCCCAAACACGCUAUGAAAUGCGCAGGAGGGAAAGAACGCAUGCAAGCGAAACUGAAGCUGAUGUCCACAGCCCCUUCACCUUAAACACCUUCAGACAUGCGACACCUUCUAAUGAUAUCCUGACUCCUCCUUCUGCUCAAAAGUCUUCUUUACAGCGUGCAAUAACACGUGAACCCAGCAAUGUGCUCUACACAGCUAGGCGUAGAUUGAGGAGUGAAAGUUCUUACGACAUUGACAACAUUGUGAUACCCAUGAGUCUUGUGGCACCUACGAAGGUGGAGAAGUUACAAUACAAGGAAAUCAUUACUCCUAGUUGGAAAGUGGUAAUGCUAGAUCCUCUCCGAAAUCCUCCUGACGAGCUGGAAGACCUGUCUGAUGAGACAUAUGCAUCCCGCCAUGAAAAACAUGAGCAGAAGGAGAAAACCCGCUGGUUGUUUUGGGAGCAAAACAAGUGGCAUAAAAGAAAUAGAUCUUCAAGCAAUAGCUUUGGUUCCUGGUCAGGGAGCAUGCAGACUUCUGAUGAUUGUGCCAGUCCAAGUGCCUUGUUACAGGGACAUCUGGACACCCUGUCACCCGAUGAAAAUGCUCAAAGGUCGCCUCAAUUUGAUGAGGAGAUUCACCAAGAAAAGAUCGAGGAAUGGGCACGGAGAGAUUUUCCACUUACUGAAGCAUCAGCCUCUGCCUUGAUAGAUAAACAGAGACCACCAAAACACACAACUUCCAAAGACCACCAAUCCCUAUUACCUACAGAAGGAGGAGAGCUUUAUCAUAGUCACCCAGUUAGUGAUUGUAACAAAAGGUGACAAGAGAAUCUGUAUUUGCAUUUAGGCUGAUUCGAUGCUUGAGGCAAAAUAAGGUGCAGCUGGACUUAUAUCCACAGGACCUUUUAGCCACCCUGUGCCUAGAUAAUCACUUGGCCAUGAUAUCUUACCCAGCUGGCUGGGUCUCCAAAGAAAGCAAUGGACACUUGCCAAUAACUGCUGCUGGAUAGUGUUGGUGAUAGGACACACUGAAGGCUUAUUGUGUGAACACAUUCCCCAAAGAUGACAACUCAAGCACUUGUUCAGUGUUACUAGCACUUAGACAAAGUAUAAAGCAAAUUAGUUUAGUUUUGCUCAUGUUAAUGAUCGAAGCCUUUUCUCCAUUAAAGUUUAAGUAAAAUGCUUCUUGCAUAUGGGGACACUUAGUAUUUACAUUCCACAUGUGUGAAUGCUGGGGGGGUUGUUACUUUUUCCUCUUUCACCCCUACAUUAGGGAUCAGUUUGCUUGUGUAAAGGACUCUUAAGUGUCUGCCCAGCAAAAUUGUAUUUAGGGCAAUUUAUUUGUAUUGUACCAUUUAAGUUUUAUGUUGUGCUACUGUCUUUACUGUUACUAUGUAUAAAAAAAAAAAAAUCCUUCAUACUGUUGGUUAGGUAAAACCAGUUACAAAAAAAAGUUAGUAGUGAAGGGGUUAAAUAUAUACGAAGAGCGAUGUUACUUGUCUUUCUAUAAUUAUCCAGACUAUAAACUUGUCCACAGGUUUUCUAUUGUAUUAAAGUUAUUUCUGUA